CAGGCUAGAGACAAGUUGAGAGCGAGAAAGAGGGUUUGCUCGUUGUGCUCUCUGAAAGAAAGGAAAUUCACGGUAAAGUUAGAAUUUAGUACGACCAAAAUAAUAGUUAUUCAAUUGUAUAGAAGAUACGGAUUCACUUUUAAUUGCACAGACGAACAUUUUAACGUGUAGCCUAGACGGGCACACCGAGGUUUUUGCAACGAAGAGGCAGAAGGGAAAGAGGCUUUUAUACCCCUUCGUUUAAGCUAACCUACCUCCAGGAUGUCGGAGCGAGGAGGGCUCCCGCGGACUGGAGGUGCACCCUCCCCUCACUUGCAACCCUCCAAACCGGUCACAAUCACCUCGAAUCGCCCUGUCCACAUGAACCUAUACGCCACCUGGGAAGUGGACCGCUCUUCACCAAGCUGUGUGCCGAGGCUGUUUAACCUGACCCUGAAAAAGCUGAUCAUGUUGAAGGAGCUGGACAAAGACCUCCCUGUGGUCCUCCCUGUCAAACUACAGGGUUCUAAGCGUAUCCUGAGGUCCAAUGAGAUCUUGUUGUCUUCAGCUGGACUGACAGAGACAGACCUUCAGCUCACCUUCUCUCUACAGUAUCCCCACUUCCUGAAGAGAGACGCCAACAAGCUUCAGAUUAUGCUGCAGCGUCGCAAACGCUAUAAGAACCGAACCAUCCUGGGCUACAAGACACUGGCGCUGGGUCACAUCAACAUGGCUGAGGUGAUGCAGCAUCCCAGUGAGGGGGCCCAGGUGUUGGGGCUCCACAGCCAGUUGAAGGAUGCCUCAGUGCCCGUGGCGGAGGUCAGGGUCUACUCCCUCUCCAGCCAGCCCAUUGACCACGAGGGACCCAAGGCCAAGAUGUCUGAUCGUUCUCCAGACAUUGAUAACUAUUCUGAGGAAGAAGAGGAGAGCUACUCAUCAGAACAGGAGGGCAGUGACGACCCGAUCCACGGCCAGUAUCUGUAUGAUGAAGAGGAUGAGGUGAGGAAGAAGAAGCCCCGACGGAAGCUCACCUCCAACGCUUCCAUCACUAGACAACCAAACAUCAAGCAGAAGUUUGUGGCUCUGCUGAAAAGGUUCAAGGUUUCUGAUGAGGUGGGUUUUGGUCUGGAGCAUGUCUCUAGUGAACAGAUCCAGGAAGUGGAGGAGGAUUUAGAUGAGCUCUAUGACAGUCUGGAGAUGUACAACCCCUCUGACAGUGGCCCUGAGAUGGAAGAGACGGACAGCAUCCUCAGCACACCCAAACCUAAACUCAGGCCGUUCUUUGAGGGAAUGUCCCAGUCCAGCUCUCAGACGGAAAUCACCAGCCUGAACAGCAGAGGAGGGAGCCUGGGACGAGACGCCUGCUUCAGCCCUCAGGGGGAGCAGCGGCCUGUGGAGAUGAAACACUCUCGCAGUCGCAACCUGGAGGUGGAGACCCUCUCUGAGACGGACACGCUGGAGUUGACGGAUCAGGAGAUGUUUCCGGAGGGCCCCUGUAUUACGGUGUCAGGGGCUGAGAAACCCCGUACGCCACUGAAGAGCAGCAAGAGUGGAGGAGGACAGACCAUGCCCUCCCCCAGGCCGGAUGGCAGGGGCCCCACCCCCAAACAGAAGAGACAGAGUAGUACUCCUAUGAAAGAGAGACAGCUGUCUAAACCAAUCAGUGAAGGGGGAAGGACCAACAGCUCCGACAGCGAGAGAUCCCCCGAACUGGGACACAGCUCACAGGUUCUGAGGAAGGCGGUGUAUGAUCAGCUGAACCAGAUCCUUCUGUCUGACGCGGCUCUGCCUGAGAGUCUCAUCCUGGUCAAUGGCACCGACUGGCAGGGCCAGUACGUGGGAGAGCAGCUGCAGGUACAGAGGCACCCGGUGGUGUGUACGUGUUCAGGAGCUGAGAUCCAGGCGGUGCUGUCUGCUGUCCUCACACGCAUCCAGAAGUUUUGUAACUGUAACUCGUCCAUGCCCAGGCCGGUCAAGGUGGCAGUGGUGGGUAGUCAGAGCUACCUUGGUGCCGUCCUGCAGUUCUUUGUCACACAGUUGGCAAGCAAGACCUCUGAUUGGCUCAACCACCUGAGGUUCCUGGUGGUGCCCCUGGGCUCUCAUCCUGUUGCUAAGCACCUGGGUGCCAUAGACAACCGUUACAGCUCUGCGUUCUUAGACGGGGCGUGGAGAGACAUGUUCAGCCGCUCUGAACCCCCACAGACAGACCUGUUGGACGUGGCCGGUAGGAUCUCUCAGUACGUCAGUGGCGCCACCGUCACACACCAGCUGCCCAUCGCUGAGGCCAUGCUUACCUGCAAACACAGGACGCACGAUGAAGAUUCCUACCAGAAGUUCAUUCCUUUUAUUGGGUUGGUCAAGGUUGGUCUGAUUGAGCCAGACACUUCCUCUACAGGAGACACAGAAGAGGGCGUGGCAGGGAGCUUGGCUGUUCCCUCUACGUCCCCUCCCUCCCACGGCUCUCCCACCGGGCUGAUCAAAGAGGCUGCCACUCCCCCCUCCUCUCCGUCUAUGAGCAGUGUUCUCUCAAUACAGGGGAGCCCCAGUAUGUCCCAAGGUGUGGACGCCAUUGGGUUGCAGGUGGACUACUGGCUGGCGUCGCUGGCGGAGAAACGCCGAGAGGGCGAACGGCGCGACACAGGCUGUAAGAACACCCUGAAGAGUGCCUUCAGAUCCCUGCAGGUCAGCAGGCUACCAGGAGGGGGCAGCAGUGAGACACAGGCCCAGGUCAGCACCAUGGCCAUGACCGUGGUCACCAAGGAGAAGAACAAGAAGGUUCCCACCAUAUUCCUGGGUAAGAAGCCGAAGGAGAAGGAUGUCGACUCUAAGAGCCAGGUCAUUGAGGGUAUCAGCAGACUCAUCUGUUCUGCCAAGCAGCAUCAAACCAUCCUGAAAGUGUCCAUAGACGGAGUGGAGUGGAAUGACGUCAAGUUCUUCCAGCUGGCUGCCCAGUGGCCCACCCAUGUCAAGUAUCUCCCUGUUGGACUGUUUGGUUACAACAAACCCCCCUCCUAGGGUCCACCCUGUACCCCUCGCCCAAUCCCGUCCCACCUACGCACACAGACCCCCGCCUCUCGGAACGCCGUGGCGACUAAUAUCGGUCAAUUACAAUGAAGGGUUGAGGGGCCGAAUGUAUUUGCUAUGUUUUGUCUUGUUUCUCUAUAGUAGGGAGGGAGAGAUGGGUCGGAUAUGGGGCGCAACGCUACUAGUCACUUUAAUGAAUUUAAAUGCCCCUCUGUCUAGCGUGUGUGUAUGACGAGCCCUGACCCUUGACCCCUGACAUUUGACCCUUUAACCCUUAACCUUUAAAACCCUGACCGGGUAGUUCUCUUAUCACCUUGAACCUGCCCGGUGUCAUCAAAGGCCAACCUGCAUGCUGUACUACUACACCACCACGUGCCAGGACAUGUUAUAACAGCAAUGCCACAGUUAUUAUAGGGUAUGGAGGGGAACUUGGGAUCCAAACAUACUGUGCAUGAAAUGGAAUGAACAACAGACGACACCUACAGUAGCAAUGCUUUUUCUGCUCCCUAAUUACAUGAAAAUGCUUUUUUUUCUCUCACCAAUGAUGUACAGUAAGUUGACAUGUUAUGCAUACGAAGAGCAGAAAAUAUAAGAGAACUCUCUAGUUUUUUUGUAACGACAUUUGAACUCCCUGUGUACGGCGAGGGCGCCGACUUAAGAGCUCACUGUUUGCCCCAACUUUACUGAGAAGAGGCAACAUUUCUGCUGUCUGCAAGGCUUGUCCCUUUAUCAACCUCAGUUGUUGUUGUCAGCGUUGCUCUCUUGAUCCACCCUCCACUGUAUAGUCCUCCUUCCGCUUGUGGACGUACAGUAUAUCACCUGUGUGGGGCUGUUGCAUGCUGGGAUUUGUAGGCUGAGGCUCGUGCUGAGGUUAAAUUGGGGGACAUAAUCUUCAUUUUUUGCGACGCACUUCUAGUAACUAUAGUAGUAUCUUACUCCAAAGCACAAUGUCGCACGCUACUAGUGACUUUUUAUCCCUGUCUUUACCUGUCAAGGAUUGCAAAAUUCCGGUAACUUUCCCCAAAUUACCAAGUUUUCCAGAAAUCCUAGUUGGGAAGGUUUCUGGAAUUAGGAGGGAAUAAGUAGUAAAUCCGGAAUCUCCUGAUCUGGAUUUCUGGAGAACAUGCAUUUUCCAGCCCUGCCUGUGCUAGACGGGCAGCGUUCACGCCACUGAAAUGGUGGUGUGUUGUGUCUAGGGUGUUGUGAGGUGUCCAGUGACAGGUGUGUUAUUAUGUAAUGUGGUAAAAUGAAAAACAAUAUUGAAAUAUCUAUGAAACCCAAUUUUUCUAAGUAACCCACGCGACACAGUAUGAUUGUUUUGUGUGUGUGUGGCCACGUGUUUGUGUCGAGAUGUGGUCAAUAUCGCUUUAUGAGUUCUGUAGGCUGCCGGUAUCAGCGGCCAGACGUUUGCCUUGUAGACUGACACAAAGAUGGGUGACACCAAAUUACCUUUUUAAGAGCUACUAAACAGCUCUGGUGCUUUUUAAGAAAAACUGCAGACCAAUCAUUUGUAUCCAAAGAAUUUGACUGAAAUAAUUGAUUUUCAAUUUAGUAGCAAAGUCUAUGGUCUAAUAAUGUACCUGCAAAGUACAUUCAAAUGAGUAUAUUUUGAAUGAAAUGGCAAUGUGUUGUAAGCAAAACACUAGUUCUCUUGCUGUCUAAAACGAAAGCUAACGAGUGUUGAGUAGCUUAGCCUUGUGUCACCUACAAAGUAACCUUCCCCAUCUGUGCGGAGUGAAGAAUUGUGACAAAUAUCAAGUAUUACAAUGCCAAUGUCUCGAUUUUUGCUGUUAUUAUGAUUUUCGGGGGUAACUUAGAGGUAGGUUUUUCAGCUUAGGUGUAACCGUGUUAAAAAUUGUGACGUCAACACCUUGUGUAACUAAAAUCUGGCCCUGUUGUCUUUUUUUUUUUUUGGGGGGGGUAGUACAAAGUAAGGUUUUUGCACCAAGGGCUUCAAACUGAUUGAGAGCAUAAGUACACAGCUAGGCAUGUUCCACAAAUCAGUCUGAAUGAUAGUAUGUACAGAUCUCAGACAACAAGGAUGUAUUUCCAGAAAUCAUUAGAGGUAUCAUCUGAACUUAAUUUGAAUGUGCAGAUAAUAUUCAUCAUUAGUUUCUAUUAUCUCUUCUCGGUCUUGUCGACAAAAGCUUUAUCGUUUAGUAAACAUACAUUUUGGAGUUUUUAACACCAUUUUACCAGUCCAGAAUAGGGUUGCAAAGGGAGGAUAUAUUACUGGAAACUUUGUAAGUUUGCCAGUAAACUACCACCAUUUUUGUAACUUUCAAGGAUUUUAUGUAAUUUAUCACAUCUAUUGGCCAUUUUGGGUACUUCAGAUUAUCACAGAUGUCUUUCAUUAUCUGUGGCCUAAUCACCUAUAUAAAAUAUAAUAUAAUCAAAUAAGAUUUUAAAAUUUUAAAAAUGCAAUGACAAAGCUGUAAAACGUAUUAAUAAUCAACUUAGUGAAUACCAUUGGUGAUUAAUAUGAGGGUUUCAGCAUGACAUGUCAACCAUAACAUUUUUUUUACACACUUAUUUAUUUUACUAUGUCAAUAUGCCUUUGUUGUAAAUGUGAUGGCAGUUGUGAAAAAAGUCAAUAGUUGGAAGAGUUGCAGAGUUAAUUAAGAAUAAUGCCAUUGUUGAUUAGAUCCUUUUUAAAAUUAAUUUGGCUAUUUUCUCUUGAUCAGAGGGUGUAUCCACUAGGAACUAAUGGAUAUUAUGGACACAGAUAUGACAAAUUAAUACUAUACAUGAUUUUAUUUUUUACAUUUACUCAAGUUUAAAUGACAAGUUACCAUCGAAUGCUAUAGAUUCCGGCAACUUUUGUAAAUUACUGGUAGCUUUACCUUAGUCCAUAACCACCUGUUAUUUCACGAGAACAUUUUUGUUUUAUUAUAGAAGAAAACACACCAUAAUAAUCUCUCUCAACUCCAUAGUCAGUUGACCUUGUAACCUCUGUGUGCUUGAGUACUUUGUGCAACUUCCCUGUGAGUAUCAAAGAGAGAUACGGCAAAGGCAGUGGUCCUCUUGAAAUCAGACCAUUUUAAACCCUGCUUCUCAUAGCAAGUGUCACUGCCCACCAGUCAAGGGCUAGACCCAGACCAAUGCCUUGAUGUGGACUUGGACUCUUAAUGCAUAUUUUAACUGAGACUGUAUCCUACUGUAUGAAUGUUAUGUACAACAGGGUUUUCUCUAUGGGAGAGACGUUUUUGCUUGAGGAUAGUGAACCCUACCUGUAUCUACGCUACUCCCUAACCACAGAUCUAGGAUCAGAUUACAAUUACCCCCCUAGUUCUAACCAUAACCAUUAGGGGGAUUAAAAGAUAUCGGACCCCGUGUCAGUGGUUAGGGGAGACUUCUACCGUCUCUGAGCAGAACAAAGAGGUCCAAUUUCUCUAUGCCUUGCAGCGUGUUAUUAGUGUAAUAAGGAGUGUAAGAUAGAAUCAUCUAUUUGAACUCCCGUCUCUUCAUAGGGGGAUCAUAAGAAUUCACUGAAUGGGACAAAGAAAUCACUGCCAAGAUGUCAAAUGUUACAUUGAUAUAACACCAAGCUGAAGCGGGGGGUGAUGUAGAUAUAGGUGUUAAAUGUUUUUGGUGAUAAAACUUUGUUCCAAAGUAAUCAUUUUAAUGUUGGAAACAUUAUUUUUUUUCCCCACUAUACAUUCCAAUGUUUACUCCUCUCUCUCCUCUCCCCCUGUUUUCCAGUUCAGUCCCUUCUGUCACCUGUUGUACCAUUUAACAUUUUUUGUUGUUUUUUCUACCUUCUCGAGGCCUAUUUGUCCUGUGUGGCUGUCUCUCAAACUUGUACCUGUGUCUCUACCUGUAUUGACCUGUAGUUACUCUUAUGUCCAUGACUAACGUAUAGGGACAGCGGUUUUUGCUGACCAUGUGACCCGACCAGGAACAAUCCUGAGCCUUAGUUAUAGUCUUUUGAGUACAGGGCUCAGACUGUCUCCCGAAACGGGUCAUAUGGUCCUGAAACACUUCUGUCCUGGAGGGGAAGAACAGUAUGAUCUAUUAAUAUGAAUAAAUCAAUUUUAGCGGGAUCAAUACUGUCCUUCCUCUCUGCUAAUCAUCACAAUGUGUUUCAGAACAAAUGGAGUGAGAGAUCUAGAACAAAAAGCUAUCUAGAGUCUCUGGCAGGAUUCCACAAGCUUUGCUUCUAAUAAAGCCCAUUUUGAAAGGAUCCCUGCUUGUAACAUGGCACCAUAUCACAGAAGAGAAUCUGUUUUUGCAUAACACUGCUUAGACUACACUUAUGCUUGGUUGUAGUUUGAGGGGAGGAUUCUAACGCUUGUGCAUUUGGAGAGUGAUUUUGCACAUGCCAUUGUUUCUUCAGCAGCUUUUUUGCCUUUUGUCUAUAAACAGUAAUAAUGCUUGUACAUAUCACAACAGUACUUCUGUAUUGUAUCUUAGUCCUUGUUUUUUUUUUUUGAAAUGUUUUGUAGUACUUUUUCAUGAUUAUGUUGUCAAUUAAACUGAUGUGGGAUGGAAAAGUG